GUCUGCUCCUUUCUGCAGUGCCAAGCCAAACACUUAUUUUAGUAGCGAUGUGCGAUAUGUUUUGGGAAUGGUUUAAGAUAUUUUUACACAAUUUAUAGAUAAACUAUAUAUUUUAAAAGAAUUAUUAUAAAAGGAAAUUUUGUAUAUUUCAAAAUGCAACGAACAAUGUUGUUCAAGAAAUUCUUGAUGCCGUGCGGGUUGUGUGCUGCAGUACCUGCAAUGAAACCUGUAAACCCAUCUGAAGAACGUACUGCACCAUGUAAUACUGAAACACAAGCAAAGAAAUUAGUAAAGCCUUCUGAACUACCCAUUUAUUCUGUUGAUGAUGGGUAUACUAAACAGAUGCCAUGCAUAGGAUAUCCUUCUAUUGUGGAAGAAAAUAUUCGAAAAGUACGCGAAACAAUACAAGAAGUAAAGGUUACAUUCAAUAAUAUUUCCUAUAAUGUUGCAAGUACUGUUGAUCAAUUUAGAUUCAUAAUUGAUUAUCUUCAAGAUGAAGCUAAUCUUAUGCCACGAAUAGGAGCUGUUGGAAUUGGUGGUUUAUCAGGUUUAGUACUAGGUCUUAGAGGAGGCAUGUUUAAACGGUUACUUUAUACAACCACAGGAGCUGGUAUUAUUGGAUGUAUUUGUUUCCCUAAAGAAGCAAAACAGACAUUGAAUACAGUGGAACACUAUGGAAAUAUUAGUUACAAUUUCGUCUAUGGUGUGAAACCAGGAAACAGUCCACAGGAUAUUUCAUUAAUUGACAUGUUCCACCUGAAAAGUGUGUUUGAAUCAGAAUAUUUUCGUAUGAUAACAUUCGAUAAAUUUUUCGAACAAAAAAAAGAGAAUACAACUGAAAAACUGGAGGAGAGCACACCUGCAAAUAAACCAGAAAAGGAAAAAAAAUGAAUCGUUACAUUAAGUAGUCGUUGAAUAAUUUAUGAUAUAACUGACUCAUAAGAAGUGUAAAUAAAAAUUAAAAAAUAAAAGUAUUAAGAAACUA